CGCUUCCUCUGUUCCUUGUCUGCACCUCUCUCCAUCACAACCAGACCCCCUCCUCCUCCUCCUUGCCUCAGUCUUUAUAAAAUGGGAGGUCUCCACACCGGCAUCACUUCACCCACAGCCUCUGCCUCGUCAGUCUGAUCCACUGAAGCACGCCCAGCCUAACCAUGAGCAGGAACUACAUGUCCAAGUAUGAUGAGCUCCGCAAGGGAGACUACCUUUGGUCCAACAACAAGGAGUACAAGGCAGUCUUUCAGGAGGAUGGUAACUGGGUGAUCUACGGCUGGAAACAAAUGUGGUCGUCGGACACAGCCGGACAGCGCGACGCCUACCGCCUCUGCAUGCAGGACGACUGUAACUUCGUUAUGUACAAGCGCGACGACAAAGCCAUCUGGCACACCGGCACCCACAGGACUGACGGCUUCAAGAUGUGCCGCAUGCACCUGCGCGACGACGGCAACCUGGUGAUCGAGAAGGACGGUGAAGAGAUGUGGAACUCUUCCCAGUCCAGGGGUAUGAAAUGACGCUGAGGGCAUUCCUCGAUCUCUGGAGCACAGCCUCCCUGGCUCUGGAUGGGGGUGGUAUGAUGAAGGGUUGGUUGGUUGACAAACUGAAGUUGAAUAAAGAGCAAUAUAAAAAUGCA